AUGUUUCCCUCGUAUUUGCCACCUCCUGCCUUCACGAUCAUGUCAGCGACGUACUUCACACCAAACCCAAACCAUGACGAGCCUAAUUCCCGGCCCACGACCGCCUCAACGACGAUUCCUGCGCUCAUCAGGAAACAAUUUGCUCUUUGUAAGACGAGGUUAGCGACGACGACAACGGUUGUGGUUAUGAACGGUCACUGGAGCAUAUCAAAAUGGAAAGGGAGACGACGGCAGGACCGCAGGAACGAUUUGGAAAGGUGGGUGGCGAUUAGGAGGUGUGUGGAUCAGUUGCCGCCAAACCUUCUACUCCCUCCCUAUGUCCCACAACGAACGAAAUCCCAUUCAAAAAUCUGGGCUAAAGCUUGCCUCGUCGGAUACGCAGCGGUGUGA